AGCGGUGCGUCCGCGAGUUUCUUUUUUGGAGCCCUGAAGCCAGCGACUGUCGGACGCUGUGCAAACGCGGCUUGGCCAGGAAGGAAGGAGGGCGUUUCGAGGGGGGGGAACGGCCAGAUCCCUCCCUCCCCCCAGCAGCCCAGCCUAGAGAGAUCAAGGCCCAGCUGAGCUGACCCACCCCGCCUUGUCCUUUUAUCAGUUCCGACCAAGAGGAGGCUACUGAGCCUUGGAUCCAGUCGCCCCGAUGCAAGUUUGGGGUUUGUUGUUGGCAGUGCUGGGGGGAGCUCUGUGCCAAGAACCAGAGCUCCCCCAUGGCUGUUCUCAAGGCAGUUGCUAUCCAGCCACGGGGGAUCUGUUGGUAGGCCGGGCCGACCGCCUCUCCACCACCUCCACUUGCGGCCUACGACGUUCUCAGCCCUAUUGCAUUGUCAGCCACCUGCAGGAUGAGAAAAAGUGCUUUGUAUGUGACUCCCGUCGGCCCUACGACCCCUUGGCCAAUCCGAACAGCCAUCGCAUUGAGAAUGUCAUCACCACAUUUGCGCCCCACCGCAAGAAGGCCUGGUGGCAGGCAGAGAACGGUAUGGAGCAGGUCAGCAUCCACCUGGACCUGGAGGCAGAAUUCCACUUCACUCACCUCAUUAUGACUUUCAAGACCUUCCGUCCAGCAGCCAUGCUUGUAGAGCGCUCAGCAGAUUUUGGCCGCACCUGGCAAGUGUACCGUUAUUUUGCCUAUGACUGUGCUGCAUCCUUCCCUCAUGUUCCCCAUGGAGCCUUGCGUCGGGUGGAUGAUGUCAUCUGUGAGUCACGUUACUCAGAUAUUGAGCCUUCGACAGAGGGAGAGGUCAUUUACAGAGUGUUGGAUCCGGCCAUCUACAUCCGAGACCCCUAUAGUCCAAAAAUCCAGAACCUGCUGAAGGUCACCAACCUGCGGGUGAACUUGACCAAGCUGCACACGCUCGGAGACAACCUGCUGGAUUCGCGCCGGGAGAUCAAGGAGAAGUACUACUAUGCCGUGUAUGAGAUGGUUCUGCGUGGCAACUGCUUCUGUUAUGGGCACGCCUCGGAGUGUGCCCCUCUUCCUGGCAGCCCUUCUGAUGCUGAGGGCAUGGUGCACGGUCGCUGUGUCUGCAAACACAACACCAAAGGGCUGAACUGUCAAGAGUGUGACAGCUUCUUCAACGAGUUGCCCUGGCGGCCAGCUGAAGGGCGCCGCACCAAUGCUUGUAAAAAGUGUAACUGCAAUGAGCAUUCACACAAGUGCCACUUCGACAUGGCUGUGUACCUGGCUAUGGGCAACACCAGCGGCGGGGUCUGUGACAACUGUCAACACAACACCAUGGGGCGCAACUGCCAGCUCUGCAAACCCUUCUAUUACAAGGACCCCACCAAGGAUAUUCGUGAUCCCAGCGUGUGCCGUGCCUGUGACUGUGACCCUGACGGCACACUCAAUGGCGGAGUGUGCGACACGCAUGACGAUCCGGCUCUGAGGCUGAUUGCCGGACAGUGCCGCUGCAAAGAGCAUGUGCAGGGACCACGGUGCGACAAAUGCAAACCUGGCUUCUUUGGACUGAGCGUGGAAAACCCACAAGGCUGUCAACGCUGCCAGUGCGACCCACGAGGCACUGUGCAGGAUGGGCCUCAGUGUGACGCCAUCACAGGUGACUGUUUCUGCAAACGUUUGGUUACUGGACGUAGCUGCAGCCAAUGUCUGCCUGAACACUGGGCCCUGAGCCCUGACCUGCACGGCUGCCGGCCGUGUGACUGUGAUGUAGGAGGUGCUCAUGACAAUCAGUGCGCCACUGAAACGGGACAGUGCCGUUGCCGCAACCACAUAGUGGGCCGGCAGUGCAACCAAGUGCAGACGGGCUACUACCACAUUGCAUUGGACCACUUCACAUAUGAGGCGGAAGAGGCCCGACUUCGCCAGGGAGCAGAAGUCAUGGAGCGAAUGCACCUCACGGGCCACCCGGCCACAUGGACUGGGCUGGGGUUUGCCCGGGCUUUGGAGGGCAGCGUGGUGGAGUUCCAAAUCAAUGAUGUGCCCUACUCCAUGGAGUAUGACAUCUUGCUGCGCUAUGAACCUCAGCUACCUGGGACAUGGGAGGAGGUGAAGGUGUCUGUUGUGCGGCCUGGGCCUAUCCCCACCAGCAGCCCUUGUGGGAACACUAUCCCUGCAGAUGAUUUGAUGUCAGUGGCUCUGCCCUCCAGCUCCCGGUUUGUGGUACUGCCUCAGCCAGUCUGCCUGGAGCAAGGAAUUAGCUAUACCAUCCGGCUGGAGUUCACUCGCUAUGGAGGCCGUGAGCAUUUGCAAGGUGCCGCAAUACUUCUGGACUCGUUGGUCCUGAUACCACGUUACUCCUCCUUAGAGAUGUUCAUUGCUGGUGAUGCUGCCUCUAUUGCCCGCAAGGAGGUCUUUGAACGCUACCGCUGUUCCCAGCAGGCUCGCCCUGUGGCUAAGGCGCCCCUUCCAGAGCCUUGUGCUAACUUGAUCGCCAGCAUGUCUGCCAUCAUCCUCCAGGGGGCGCUGCCCUGUCUGUGUAACCCUCAGGGCUCCUUGAGCUCUGAAUGCCAUCCAAACAGAGGACAGUGCCAGUGCAAACCUAACAUCAUGGGCCGCCGGUGUGAACGCUGCUCCCCUGGCACCUUUGGCUUCGGACCCAGUGGCUGCAAAGCGUGCCAAUGUGACAGAGAGGGGUCCUUGACCAGCUUCUGCGACAGCUUCAGCGGACAGUGCCCAUGCCGACCAGGGGCCUUUGGGCCUCGUUGUGACCACUGCCAGCCCGGCCACUGGGGUUUCCCAAACUGCCGCCCCUGCCAGUGCAAUGGCCGCUCAGAAGAAUGUGACCCGCGGAUCGGCAGCUGCCUGCGUUGCCGCGGCCACACAGAAGGAGAACGAUGCCAGAGAUGUGCGACUGGCUACUAUGGAAACCCUGUGCUGGCCUCCGGUGGCCAUUGCCGCCCCUGCCCUUGUCCUGAGGCACAAGGAUCUGGACGCCAUUUUGCUGCUGCAUGCCAUCAAGACAGUCGCUCUGGGACUGUAAUGUGUAGCUGCCUCCCCGGCCACACAGGCCCACGCUGUGAUGAGUGUGCUCCCGGUUACUACGGCAACCCUUGGCAGGCCGGAGGGCGAUGCCAGCCCUGCACGUGUAACAACAACAUUGAAACAUCAGACCCGGAGUCCUGUGACCGUCGCACAGGCCGCUGCCUGCGCUGCCUCUACCACUCUGAGGGGGAUCAGUGUCAGCACUGCCAAGCAGGCUAUUACGGGGACGCCACCCGGCGUGCCUGUCGCCGUUGCUCCUGUAACUUCCUGGGCACCUUGCGCAGCGAGUGCCCAUCGCGGGACCACUGCCUGUGCGAACGGAGCAGCGGGCAAUGCCAGUGCUUGGCCAACGUCCAAGGGCAGAGCUGUGACCGUUGUGCCCCCCACUUCUGGAACCUAGCCAGCGGGCAGGGCUGCCAGCCGUGCAACUGCCACCCCCAGUAUUCACUGAACCCUGCUUGCAAUCAGUUCACAGGGCAAUGCCAAUGCCGGCCAGGCUUCGGGGGCCGCACCUGCUCUGAAUGUCAGGAGUACCACUGGGGAGAGCCCAGCCAGCAAUGCAGAGCUUGUGACUGUGACCCUCGAGGGAUUGAGACCCCACAAUGUCACCAUGUUUCCGGGCAUUGUUCCUGCCGUCCGGGCAUAUCGGGCGUGCGCUGUGACCAGUGUUCCCGUGGCUUCGCCGGUGACUUCCCGGCCUGUCAGCCCUGCCACCAGUGCUUCGGAGACUGGGACCGCAUUGUGCAGGAUUUGGCAGCCCGCACCCGCAGCCUAGCUCAGCGUGCCCAACAGCUCCAGCAGACGGGCCUCGCUGGGGCUUACGAGAGCACCUUCCGCCGGCUACAGGAUAAGCUGAGUGCGGUUCAGGCCAUCGUCAAUGCCCGCAACGCCACUGCCAGCGCCAUUACCCAUCUCCUGCAUAAUAUGGAUGAACUGCGGAGUGGACCAGCAGCCCUAGCCCCUGUUAGCCAGUCAGAAAGCAGUCCGCCACCCGGCGCCAUGCAUAGAAUGGCCUCCAGCAAUGAACAGCCAGCUGAGAGAUGCUCUUCUAACCGGCAGAACGCGAUGGUGAGCACCCGGAGAGCCCUGACUGAGCUGUCAGGACGUGUUGGUGGGCUGAGCCUCCGUCGGAUCAAUGAGAAGGUAUGUGGCGCCCCAGGGGACGUCCCUUGUUCCAGCAGCCCCUGUGGAGGCGCUGGUUGCCGUGACGAAGAUGGCAGACGUCACUGCGGGGGCCUCAACUGCAACGGGGCAGUGGCUACAGCUGACAGCGCGUUGGAUCGAGCCCGUCACGCCGAAGGUGAACUGCGUCAUGCUGUGGCCGAUGUGGACCUAUUGCUGCGUCAGGUAGCUGUGGCUAAAGCACAGGCGGCAGCGGCCAAGCGGAGAGCUCAAGCCGCCUUGGACAACGCCAAUGCCACCAAAACCCGGCUGGAGGACUCCAAUAAAGAACUGCGGAACCUCAUCCAGCAAAUCAAGGGAUUCCUGAAUCUUGAAGGGGCUGAUCCUGACAGCAUUGCCCUGGUGGCCUCCCGCGUGCUGGAACUCUCCAUCCCAGCCUCACCUGCACAGAUCCAUCACCUUGCUGAGGAGAUCAAGGAGCGUGUCAGCAGCCUGGCCAACGUGGAUGCCAUCUUGGACCAAACAGCAGGGGAUGUACGCAGAGCAGGGCAGCUACUACAAGAUGCACGUCGUGCUAAUGCCCGGGCAGAGGGUGUGAAGAGUGCUGCCGAAGCCGUGAAGCAGGCCCUAGAUGAUGCCAAGCGUGCACAAAAUGCUGCUGAGAAAGCCAUUCGCAAUGCGGCCACUGAUAUACACCACACCGAGAAUGCUGUGAAUAAGAUCCAGCAACAGACAGAAAACGCCGAGGGCCAGCUGGCUGAAGCCAUGGAACGGGUGGGCCACCUGGACAGGCAGGUGGAUGCCCUCAAGAUGAAGUGGGCUAACAACAGCUUGGCAGCCACCCAAGCAGAGAAGACGGCCAAUGCCACUCGGGACCGGGCUGGAGAGGCCAAACAAGUGUUGGAGGGGCCGCUGGAGGACCAAUACCGCACAAUGAAGGAGCUGGUGGAACACAAGGCCCACCACGUGCAGCAGGCGCGGCAGAAAGCCGAGCGCCUACGUGAUGAGGCCAAGGGGCUGCUGCGAGACGCCCACGACAAGCUCCGGCGGCUGAGCGUGCUGGAAGGAGCAUAUGAAGAAAACGAGAAGCUGUUGGAAGAGAAGGCAGCCCAGCUGGAUGGGCUGGAGGCCAAGAUGAGAGCCAUUUUGGGAGACAUCAACCAACAGAUCCAGAUUUACAACACGUGCCAGUGACCUUCCUAUUUCCCCCCACCCCUUUCCAGUGGGUGAGACCCAUUCACUGCUUCCCCCAUGUGCUUGAAGAACUCUUGGCCACCCCUGCCUAGUGCCUGGAGCACUGUUUCUUUGUCUAUUCUUCCUUUGUCCACACGGAACCAAUCCCUUGUGGCCACCAAGAGAACUAAUUCAGAUAUGCUAUGGGGGUUGGGUGCAUCCCAGGCACACACAGGCUUGGUUCUGAUGGUAGCUGUCGGGCUUGGGUAGAAGUGGCUUCAGACGCUCUCCUCAGCCCACCCGGGAUCCUGAAACAGCCCCCAGUACCUGCCAUUUGUGCUGCUGGGGAAAUAUACAUGAAGCCAACAUAACAUGUAACUUUCACAUGGGACUAAAUAGCCAGUCUCUGGGGCUGUAUCAGGAGAUGAUAACAGCACAGGGGAAGCCUGAUGCACCUUCUGCCUAUGCCGUGCGGUCAUGGUCACAACUGGGCCUGUAGGCACAUCUGAAUUAAAGUCCCAUUGGUGGCCACAAGGACUUCGUAUUCGUAUUGUAUUUAUUGGCCCUUAGCACUGUUUUACAUGGGCCUUCUCCCAGCCUUUGGCCCUUGAGCAACCAAAAGCUUCACCAAACCUUCACUGAGAGAAUCUCCUUCCUAGAAUCAUAGAGUUGGAAGAGACCCCGAGGACCAGCAAGUCCAACCCCCUGCAAUGCAGGAACACACAUUCAAAGCACUCCAGUCAGAUGGCCAUCUAGCCUCUCUUUAAAAAC